AUGAAUUACUCUUCUUUUUCCAAAAGUUUUUUUUUAACGUCUGCUUAUUGCACAUCUCGCUUCUCUUUCGUUUUUUUAUCGCCUGCUUAUUGCACAUCUCGCUUCUCUUUCAUUUUUUUUAUCAUCUGCUUAUUGCACAUCUCGCCUCACUUUCGUUUUUUUUAUCAUCUGCUUAUUGCACAUCUCGCCUCUCUUUCGUUUUUUUUAUCAUCUGCUUAUUGCACAUCUCGCCUCUCUUUCGUUUUUUUAUCGUCUGCUUAUUGCACAUCUCGCUUCUCUUUCAUUUUUUUUAUCAUCUGCUUAUUGCACAUCUCGCCUCUCUUUCUUUUUUUUAUCAUCUGCUUAUUGCACAUCUCGCCACUCUUUUCGUUUUUUAUCAUCUGCUUAUUGCACAUCUCGCCUCUCUUUCGUUUUUUUUAUCGUCUGCUUAUUGCACAUCUCGCUUCUCUUUCAUUUUUUUUAUCAUCUGCUUAUUGCACAUCUCGCCUCUCUUUCGUUUUUUUUAUCAUCUGCUUAUUGCACAUCUCGCCUCUCUUUCGUUUUUUUUAUCAUCUGCUUAUUGCACAUCUCGCCUCUCUUUCGUUUUUUUAUCGUCUGCUUAUUGCACAUCUCGCUUCUCUUUCAUUUUUUUUAUCAACUGCUUAUUGCACAUCACGCCUCUCUUUCGUUUUUUUUAUCAUCUGCUUAUUGCACAUCUCGCCUCUCUUUCGAUUUUUUUAUCGUCUGCUUAUUGCACAUCUCGCUUCUCUUUCAUUUUUUUUAUCAUCUGCUUAUUGCACAUCUCGCCUCUCUUUCGUUUUUUUAUCGCCUGCUUAUUGCACAUCUCGCUUCUCUUUCAUUUUUUUUAUCAUCUGCUUAUUGCACAUCUCGCUUUCUUUUUUUUUUUUUUAUCGCCUGCUUAUUGCACAUCUCGCUUCUUUUCUUUUUUUUUUAUCAUCUGCUUAUUGCACAUCUCGCCUCUCUUUCGUUUUUUUUUUAUCAUCUGCUUAUUGCACAUCUCGCCUCUCUUUUUUUUUUUUUUUUAUCAUCUGCUUAUUGCACAUCUCGCAUAUCUCUCUUUUUUUUUUUUUUUAUCAUCUGCUUAUUGCACAUCUCGCCUCUCUUUCUUUCGUUUUUUUUAUCGUCUGCUUAUUGCACAUCUCGCUUCUCUUUCAUUCUUUUUAUCAUCUGCUUAUUGCACAUCUCGCCUCUCUUUCAUUUUUUUUUUAUCAUCUGCUUAUUGCACAUCUCGCCCUCUUUCUUUUCUUUUUUUUUUAUCAUCUGCUUAUUGCACAUCUCGCCUCUCUUUCGUUUUUUUUUAUCAUCUGCUUAUUGCACAUCUCGCUUCUCUUUCAUUUUUUUUAUCAUCUGCUUAUUGCACAUCUCGCCUCUCUUUCGUUUUUUUUUAUCAUCUGCUUAUUGCACAUCUCGCCUCUCUUUCGUUUUUUUUAUCAUCUGCUUAUUGCACAUCUCGCCUCUCUUUCGUUUUUUUUAUCAUCUGCCUAUUGCACAUCUCGCUUCUCUUUCAUUUUUUUUAUCAUCUGCUUAUUGCAUAUCUCGCCUCUCUUUCGUUUUUUUUAUCAUCUGCUUAUUGCAUAUCUCGCCUCUCUUUCGAUUUUUUUUAUCGCCUGCUUAUUGCACAUCUCGCUUCUCUUUCAUUUUUUUUAUCAUCUGCUUAUUGCACAUCUCGCUUCUCUUUCGUUUUUUUUAUCGUCUGCUUAUUGCACAUCUCGCUUCUCUUUCAUUUUUUUUAUCGUCUGCUUAUUGCACAUCUCGCCUCUCUUUCGUUUUUUUUAUCGUCUGCUUAUUGCACAUCUCGCUUCUCUUUCAUUUUUUUUUUUAUCAUCUGCUUAUUGCACAUCUCGCCUCUCUUUCGUUUUUUAUCGCCUGCUUAUUGCACAUCUCUCUUCUUUUUUUUUUUUAUCAUCUGCUUAUUGCACAUCUCGCCUCUCUUUGUUUUUUUAUCGCCUGCUUAUUGCACAUCUCGCUUCUCUUUCAUUUUUUUUUUAUCAUCUGCUUAUUGCACAUCUCGCCUCUCUUUUUUUUUUUUUUUAUCAUCUGCUUAUUGCACAUCUCGCCUCUCUUUUUUUUUUUUAUCAUCUGCUUAUUGCACAUCUCGCCUCUCUUUUUUUUUUUUAUCAUCUGCUUAUUGCACAUCUCGCCUCUCUUUCGUUUUUUUUAUCGUCUGCUUAUUGCACAUCGCUUCUCUUUCAUUUUUUUUUAUCAUCUGCUUAUUGCACAUCUCGCCUCUCUUUUUCGUUUUUUUAUCAUCUGCUUAUUGCACAUCUCGCCUCUCGUUUUUUUUUUCGUUUUUUUAUCAUCUGCUUAUUGCACAUCUCGCCUCUCUUUCGUUUUUUUAUCAUCUGCUUAUUGCACAUCUCGCUUCUCUUUCAUUUUUUUUUUUUAUCAUCUGCUUAUUGCACAUCUCGCCUCUCUUUCGUUUUUUUUAUCAUCUGCUUAUUGCACAUCUCGCCUCUCUUUCGUUUUUUUUAUCAUCUGCUUAUUGCACAUCUCGCCUCUCUUUCGUUUUUUUUUUUUUAUCAUCUGCCUAUUUUAAUAUCUCGCUUCUCUUUCAUUUUUUUUAUCAUCUGCUUAUUGCAUAUCUCGCCUCUCUUUCGUUUUUUUUAUCAUCUGCUUAUUGCAUAUCUCGCCUCUCUUUCGAUUUUUUUUAUCGCCUGCUUAUUGCACAUCUCGCUUCUCUUUCAUUUUUUUUAUCAUCUGCUUAUUGCACAUCUCGCUUCUCUUUCGUUUUUUUUAUCGUCUGCUUAUUGCACAUCUCGCUUCUCUGUUUUUUUCUCUUUCAUUUUUUUUAUCGUCUGCUUAUUGCACAUCUCGCCUCUUUCGUUUUUUUAUCGUCUGCUUAUUGCACAUCUCUUCUCUUCUUUCAUUUUUUUAUCGUCUGCUUAUUGCACAUUUUUCGCCUCUCUUUUUUUUUUUUUAUCGUCUGCUUAUUGCACAUCUCGCUUCUCUUUCAUUUUUUUUAUCAUCUGCUUAUUGCACAUCUCGCCUCUCUUUCAUUUUUUUUUUUUUUUAUCGUCUGUUUUUUUUUAUUGCACAUCUCCUUCUCUUUCAUUUUUUAUCGUCUGCUUAUUGCACAUCUCGCUUCUCUUUCAUUUUUUUUAUCGUCUGCUUAUUGCACAUCUUUCUCUUCAUUCUUUCAUUUUUUUAUCAUCUGCUUAUUGCACAUCUCGCCUCUCUUUCUUUUUUUUUUUUUAUCAUCUGCUUAUUGCACAUCUCGCCUCUCUUUCGUUUUUUUUUUAUCGUCUCUCUUUAUUGCACAUCUCGCUUCUCUUUCAUUUUUUUUUAUCAUCUGCUUAUUGCACAUCUCGCCUCUCUUUCGUUUUUUUUUUAUCGUCUGCUUAUUGCACAUCUCCUUCUCUUUCAUUUUUUUUCGUCUGCUUAUUUUUUACAUCUCGCCUCUCUUUCGUUUUUUUUAUCAUCUGCCUUAUUGCACAUCUUCUCUUUCAUUUUUUUUUUUUUUUUAUCGUCUGCUUAUUGCACAUCUCGCCUCUCUUUCGUUUUUUUUUUUUUAUCGUCUGCUUAUUGCACAUCUCGCCUCUCUUUCGUUUUUUUUUAUCAUCUGCUUUUUUUACAUCUCGCUUCUCUUCCAUUUUUUUUUUUAUCAUCUGCUUAUUGCACAUCUCGCCUCUCUUUCGUUUUUUUUAUCAUCUGCUUAUUGCACAUCACGCUUCUCUUUCAUUUUUUUUAUCAUCUGCUUAUUGCACAUCUCGCCUCUCUUUCGUUUUUUUUAUCGUCUGCUUAUUGCACAUCUCGCCUCUUUUUCGUUUUUUUUUUAUCAUCUGCUUAUUGCACAUCUCCUUCUCUUUCAUUUUUUAUCAUCUGCUUAUUGCACAUCUCGCCUCUCUUUCGUUUUUUUUUUUAUCGUCUGCUUAUUGCACAUCUCGCUUCUCUUUUUUUUUUUUUUUAUCGUCUGCUUAUUGCAAAACAUCUCGCCUCUCUUUCGUUUUUUUUUUAUCAUCUGCUUAUUGCACAUCUCGCUUCUCUUUCAUUUUUUUAUCGUCUGCUUAUUGCACAUCUCGCCUCUCUUUCGUUUUUUUUUUAUCGUCUGCUUAUUGCACAUCUCGCCUCUCUUUCGUUUUUUUUUAUCAUCGGCUUAUUGCACAUCUCGCUUCUCUUUCAUUUUUUUUUAUCAUCUGCUUAUUGCACAUCUCGCCUCUCUUUUCGUUUUUUUUUUAUCAUCUGCUUAUUGCACAUCUCGCCUCUCUUUCGUUUUUUUUUUAUCGUCUGCUUAUUGCACAUCUCGCCUCUCUUUCAUUUUUUUUUAUCGUCUGCUUAUUGCACAUCUCGCUUCUUUUUCGUUUUUUUAUCGUCUGCUUAUUGCACAUCUCGCUUCUCUUUUCGUUUUUUUUUAUCGUCUGCUUAUUGCACAUCUCGCCUCUCUUUUUUUUUUUUUAUCGUCUGCUUAUUGCACAUCUCGCUUCUCUUUCAUUUUUUUUAUCGUCUGCUUAUUGCACAUCUCGCCUCUCUUUCGUUUUUUUUAUCGUCUGCUUAUUGCACAUCUCGCUUCUCUUUCAUUUUUUUUAUCGUCUGCUUAUUGCACAUCUCGCUUCUCUUUCAUUUUUUUAUCGUCUGCUUAUUGCACAUCUCGCUUCUCCUUCAUUUUUUUUAUCGUCUGCUUAUUGCACAUCUCGCCUCUCUUUUUUUUUUAUCGUCUGCUUAUUGCACAUCUCGCCUCUCUUUCAUUUUUUUUAUCGUCUGCUUAUUGCACAUCUCGCUUCUCCUUCAUUUAUUUUAUCGUCUGCUUAUUGCACAUCUCGCUUCUCUUUCGUUUUUUUUAUCGUCUGCUUAUUGCACAUCUCGCUUCUCUUUUCAUUUUUUUUAUCGUCUGCUUAUUGCACAUCUCGCUUCUCUUUCGUUUUUUUUAUCGUCUGCUUAUUGCACAUCUCGCUUCUCCUUCAUUUUUUUUUAUCGUCUGCUUAUUGCACAUCUCGACUCUCAUUCGUUUUUUUUAUCGUCUGCUUAUUGCACAUCUCGCUUCUCCUUCACUUAUUUUAUCGUCU